AUGGCUCAUUAUUGCAAAAUUCAAGACUUCGAUUCAGAUUUUUACAGAACGUUCCACAUUGUAGUUUGUGGUCUGGACUCUAUAGUUGCUAGGCGAUGGAUAAAUGGGAUGCUGAUAGAUCUGCUGGAUUAUGAUGAUGAAGGUAAUCUAGAUCAGAGUACAGUCAUACCAAUGGUUGAUGGUGGUACAGAAGGUUUCAAGGGUAAUGCAAGAGUUAUAUUACCAGGAUUGACAGCAUGUGUUGAAUGUACUUUAGAUCUUUACCCACCUCAGGUUAACUUUCCACUGUGUACCAUAGCACACACACCAAGACUACCAGARCACUGUAUUGAAUAUGCAAAGGUGUUGGUUUGGCCACAGGAAAAACCAUUUGGAGAGAAUGUACCUGUUGAUGGAGAUGAUCCUGAACAUGUUCAGUGGAUAUAYAACCAUGCUAAACAGAGAGCAGAGGAGUACAAUAUUAGUGGAGUAACAUAUAGACUUACUCAAGGUGUUGUUAAACACAUCAUUCCAGCUGUUGCUUCAACAAAUGCAACCAUAGCAGCUGCUUGUGCACUUGAAGUGUUUAAGAUAGCGUCAAGUUGCUGUAAUCCUCUUAAUAACUACAUGGUCUAUAACGAUACAGAUGGUYUAUAUACCUAUACAUUCCAAGCAGAAAAAAAGGAUGAUUGUCCAGCGUGUAGUCAAAAACCUCAAAUCUUGACAUUCCACGAGAAUGCAACGCUAAAGGAUGUUAUAACAUUCCUGUGUGACGAUGCAAAGUUUCAAAUGAAAGCUCCAGGAGUGACGACGAUGAUCGAUAACAAAAACAAGACUCUCUACAUGCAGUCAGUUAAGUCAAUAGAAGAAAGAACAAGAGAUAACUUGUCCAAGACUCUCAAGGAUCUCGGUAUCACAGAUGGACAUAAUAUCAUAGUUGCAGACAGCACUACACCGAAAGCGAUUGUGUGUAGAAUUCAUUUUACAGCCAGCAUGGAAUAACCCUUUAUAUUUGUAUUAUAAACGUAGUCUAUUUCUUCCAAUUACUGUUUGUUGUGUCAUAAAAUGAAAAAGUGAACGAAUAAAAAAUGUUCUAUAAGAAGUA